AUGACAACAGCCACCACCACGACGACUACAAUCACUCUACCUGUGGACAUAUUGAGGCUGGCAUUACCAUACAUGACCUUGGAAUCGAGGUUGCAACUGGCAGAUACAUGCCGUUAUUGGCGCGAAUUUCUGCUAAAUGAGUGGGAGGAUAUGUGGGACACAAUUGUUAUUGUAGUCACAUGUGACAACAAGGACGAUAUCAGCAACGCAGAUUUGAACAGAGUACUCCUGCAUGCACCUCGUGACAAGAUACGCCAUUUGUCAUUUCGGUCAUCAGACAACAACUACACUAUUCAUGAUACUACAUUUGGCCACAAAGACAUUGGACCAAGGAUCGUAAAGCAUGGAUGUAGGCAAAUUGAGACAAUGGUGUAUGAUGUACAAAAGGACGACGUGAUCGAAGCAUGGUUUGAUGAACUCGUCUUGAUGAACAAGGAAACAUUCAAGCGUGUAUGGUUACAAGGCAACUUGUCAACCUCGAUUGCAAAAGCAUGGCUCUCCACACUACUCAUCACGUGUUCCAAGCUUCAAGAAUUGUGUUGCAUGGCAACGCACCUCUCAUCACUACCGCCUGCUGCUCCUAUUGAAAUCGGCUUGCCGGUUCAACUUCCUCCACGCCUUCCUUUGACACGCCUUGCUCUAUCCGCCAUUAAGCUCACUUCAGCAUUACCAACGAUCGUAUCCCAAUGUCCCCAUCUCGAGGAAUUGGUGUUUGACGAGAGCUACUCAUCUCCGCUAUUGGGUGGAUUUGAUUUGCUUACAAACGAUAUCCUUGAACAAGUCGACCAGCAUUGUCCCAACAUCAAGCAUAUCAGUAUCAACACAGCAUACAGGGAUGAUCCCUUUGAACAUGAUGCCAUGUCACGUGAUGGCCCUGGAUUGAAAGUUUUGAAGUGCAUGAUGAUCCCACCAGCUGGGUAUAACACCACAUUGCAAAAGAUGAUUGAGAAGCAUUACACCACCCUUCACAAGCUUGUAUUGCGUAUUGGUAAACCUGUUCGCAUUAUGGAUACGCAGCCAAUACCACCCCUUGUCUUUCCUGGAUCAUGUCAACGCUUGCGAUACUUGACUCUUCACGAUUCGCCAAAUCGGAUUAUGCAAUCUUACACCAGCCGUCAGCUUUGCGAUUUCUUACGAGCAUGUCCAUGCCUUGAUUCCCUUUCUCUAAAGAGCCAUGCAUUGUAUGAGACCGAUGUAUAUGCAACACUUGCGAGCAUGAUGCAUACCACUGAAUCGUCAACGUUACGCCAUCUCUAUCUCGAGUGCCCAACAUCCAUAUCCGUGAGAGAAAAAGAUGAUUAUCAACAUGUAUCACAAAGCAUAUCCGAUCUCUUUGAGACUCAAGGAGCAACACGUUUACAGACGAUCGAAUUACAUCUGGGAGGAUUGAUGAACGAUGGUAUCCUGGAAUCAGUGGGGAACGGAUGCACAUCAUUGUCACGGCUUGUCAUUGGCCGAUCCAACGCAUUGAGCGUAGCAGGGAUUAUCACUUGGGCUCAACAUACACAGCAAACUCGAUUAACGCAUGCAUCCUUUCACCUGUACGAUGAUCAAAGCGUGAUGAAUAGCAGCGAAAACUUGCUUCUUAUUACAAUGGCAUUGUCGCUUUUACCACAAUUGAUCGAUUUGAAUCUCGCACAUCCUACGGUCACUUAUAAGGAAGCCAAGGAACACCUGCUGCGAUUUUGUAUUCUUAGUCGAAGCAAAUGGAGGCCUAAAAUCACGUACUCGGGCUUCAAUCCAACCACGGGUCCAUUCACUACGAAGUUCAGGCUACAAGGAAGAAGGUCUUGUGAUACCACUACUACGAACGAAUGGAAGGAGUACUCAUGCCAGGAAUGGUGGGACAAAGGUCCAAAGCCAACACCCAUUACCGUUCAUUACGAUCAUCAAAAGCAUCGUGUGCACAUGGGGAGGAGUAAAUAG